CAGAGCACGGGCACCCAGCAUGCGGGCACUGAUCACACAGAGGACGCUGCUCAGUCUGGUCCUUGGACUCCUGUUUUCAAGUAUGAUGGCUAUGGGCCGCUGCCGGGAAGAUUACCAUGCACUCCUCAGCCAGCUCCAGAAGCAGGCAAAUUCCACACAGGACCCCAGCACACUCCUGGACCCCUAUAUCCGCAUCCAAGGCCUAGACUUCCCUAGGCUCAGAGACCAUUGCAAGGAGCGUCCUGGGGCCUUCCCCAGCAAUGAUGCCCUGAGGGGGCUGGGCCAGCAGGCCUUUCUGAGGACCCUUGAUGCCACCCUGAGCCUUGUCCUGCACAGACUUGCUGCCUUACAGCGGCACCUCCCUGAGGCCCAGGACUUGGAGAAGCUGCCGAUGGCGAGGCAGAAUGCCCAGGACUUGCAGACACUGAAGAUGGCAAGGCUGAACAUCCAGGGGCUCAGGAACAAUAUCUACUGCAUGUCCCGGCUGCUUGGCAGCUCCCAGGAUGCAGCUGAGCCCACUCAGACAGGCCCAGGGACCUCACUGCCACCGACCCCCACCCCGGGUGCCUUUCAGCGCAAGCUGGAGGGCUGCAGGUUCCUGGACGGCUACCAUCGCUUCAUGCGCUCCGUGGGGCAGGUCUUCAGUGACUGGGGGGCGAGCCCAAGCCAGAGUCGGAGACAUAGGCCCCGCCGGGCCCUACAGAAGGGAGCCCGCAGAACCAGACCCUCAAGCAGAGGCAAGAAACUCACACCCAGGGGCCAGCUGCUCCAGUAACCUCAGGAGUACCCCUUGCAGGUGAAGGAUGCAGCAGGUGCUCUGAGGAUGUGAGGGGCUAAGGCAGGCAGACACAAACCUGCUCCCUCCACUCCCUACUUCUCAGAAGUGCACUUUAAGGGGUGGGAGCUGGGCAGGCCCCUUCUACCUCCUCCAGGCUGGAAGUAGGGUAGAGUCAGGCUGCUGUACUCCUUAGCCCUGAGUUCCCCAGUCCCAGUGGGGUGGCCAGGUCAGGCCACGCGGGGCCGACUUUCCAUUGAUUCAGGGGUCUGAUGACACAGGCUGACUCACAGCUGGGCUGACUGCCCCCCUACUUUGCUCCCUGGAGGCCUUGCUGGCCCUUCCCUCUCAUGACUUGCAGGGCUAUUGCCCCCAGACUUCCUCCUUUCCAUGGUUCUGAAGGAGAGGUCAUGGCCUGAGCUGGCAUCCUAUGCCUCACCCGGUCUCAGGCCAGACACCUGGAUGUCUGGGGAACCUCACUUUAGGCAGCUGUAUCAGGGGCCAGGUGUCCUGGAAGGAGAACUGAUAUGAAAGUCCAGGGAAGGGGACUCAGGUCCCAGCCCAGCCCCUAACUUGCUAUGUGACCUCAGGCAGAUCAUUUUACCUCUCUAGACCUCAGUUUUCUCUCUGUGAAGCCAGAGAGUUGGGGACCAAGUAAGGCCCACUCUGUUUCUGGGACUCUGGGACAGAAAGUGGCUAUCAUAUUCUCUGUAAAUCAGGAUGUCUAGUGCAAAUGGCAAUGGGGUAGAUGCUGGUGGGAGACUUCCUAGUUGUCUGUACUUGGGGCCUCGAAGCUGGGUGCUCCCCCUGGUGGUGUAUCAUGGAAUUUUCUCAGACUGAAACGAUAGCCCUCUUGAGAGCAGGUUCUUGAAGCUACUGGACCAGUUCUUUGGAGGGACAUGAUUAAUUUAUCAAUUUUUAUCAGUUUUAUAUUUAUAAUGCUUAUUUAUGAUGUGUAUUUAAUGUUAAUAUUGUGCCAACCUAUA